CUUCGAUAUUCUAGCCGGCGUCAAGGGCUUGGUCGAACGCACCCCGGUGGAAGGUUCCGACCUCUUCUUCCUUGUGGUUUCGCCCGACCACCACAGCCUUGGCUCUGGUAUUUCACUUUUGCUUUGCUCACAAAGCCGCAACCAACGACGAUGCUCCGUGCCAUCGGCCUCGCGCUAGCGGCCGCGACCGCCACGUAUGCCCGCCACAUUGGCAUAUUCCACGAACACGCCCAUCCGACGGCGGGCGGCAACUCUGGUAUCUUCCACGUCCCUGCGAGCACGGCCGUCACGACGUAUCGCGCCACGUACCUCAAGGCCGUCGCCGACUGCCUCGACCAGACCCAAGACGACAUCAUUGGUUCCUUUCUCAAGGCUGUGCCCACGACCAACGGUCCGUGGAUGCUCGUGACGGACAUGAGCGCUGCCGACGUGGCGUCGGACGAUUGCCCGAGCGUUCCCAAGGCGUACCACCGCUACGUCAAGCAGCUCAACGCAUCGAUCGCUGGGUUCAUGGAGACGCUGCCGCAAAAUGACUACACGACGACGGUCAUGGACGCAGUGUCUUGCGACGUUCACUUGCCGAAUGUGACGACGACCAAAUACGACGAUGCGUGGUGGAACCGACCGGCGACGCAUCUUGGUGGCCGCAUGCGCACGCCGACGAAGGGCUUGAUGCGCGGUGCGAUGCGCAGCAGUGUGCAAGCGACACCCGCGUCGGCCAUGUGCCCGACAGCGGCGUGGACGUUGCAGCGACCCGACGGCAGCUUCCUCAACGUGACGGCGCCGGCCAAGACGGUCACGGUCGCGCUCGAUUUGAACGCAACGAUGUUUGGCAGCUUCAGCGUCGUCUCGAUCGACUCGGCGGCGGACACUUAGCUCGACUGCACUUGUGGUGAGCGCAAGAAGGGAUGCGCGUGUGCGAGCUACGAAGGACUAGGGACCCGUCGUUAGUCGUACUAGCAAACACAAGACUGCGUUCGCGUUCACUCCCAUA